AUGACUGAUCUUACAACCACCCACCAGCUACCAUAUGUUGACAUUGCAUCUGUGUUUGACGUCAAGCAAAUAGAAACCUAUAAAUAUCGAGGGAUAAAACCAUUGCAAAAGCAGUCUUCAUUACACCGAGGUGUCUUUGGAGGUAAUUUUGUAGCACAAUCGUUACUAGUUGCUAUCAGAUCAGCGCCCCACGGGUUUCAACCACAUACCAUACACUCCUAUUUUGUUAGAGCUGGCGAUGAUAGGACUCCUAUUGAAUGGGAAGUGGAUGAAAUUUCCAACGGUAGAACAUUUGCAAAUAGAGCGAUACGUGGAUUCCAGAAUGGUAAGGUUGUGUUUACUGCCAACGUUUCUUUGACAAGCAAGAAUUCAGCUAAAGAUAUCGCUAAAAAAACAAGCACCACUCCAUUGAUAUAUCAAAAAGAAGUCGAUUCUGAAUAUCAUGAUCUCAGAAAUAGUAUUACAAAGUGUCCUUUAUUUUUGGAAAAUGCAAAUGCUCAUUUCACCGUGAGAACUUUCCCAAUAAAUCUUUCUAGGGAUAUCUAUGCCUUUUUGCUGAGAUUUGGAGCUGAAAGCAAAGAAACUAUUGUUGGAUUAUCCACCGAAUACCAAUAUGUUGCCUUGGCAACAAUAUCUGAUUUUGUGAGGCUUGAAGAAGUUUUCAAAAGUAUGGGCGUAGAGGUCGAUGUUUCCUUUAAUGUGUCCUUAGAUCAUUCCAUAUAUUUUCAUGAUAAUGAUUUCGACGCCACAAAGUGGUCUACUUAUUUGGUUGAAGUAACCAGAUGGAGCCAUGAUAGGGUUAUGAUUGUUGGUAAGAUUUAUAAUGACAAGGGUAUCCACGUUGCUAGUAUCUCCCAAGAACGUCUCUUUGUUAGCAAAAACAAACCAAAAUUCUAA